UUGAAUCAGUCGUUAGUUGACAUUACAAUGAAGUCCAGAGUAGCCGGUCUGACGCUGCUAGCCCUACUGGUGUUGGGCGCCACAGCUGCCCAAGUGGAUUGGUGGGAAAAUGCCUCGCUUUAUCAAAUCUAUCCUCGUUCCUUUCAGGACAGCGAUGGUGAUGGUGUGGGCGAUUUGAAGGGUAUUACCUCGCGCCUGGAAUAUUUGAAGGAAAUUGGCAUUACUGCCACAUGGCUGUCGCCAGUCUUUGAAUCGCCCAUGUCCGACUUUGGUUAUGACAUAUCCAAUUUUACCCGCAUUGAUCCGAUUUUUGGUACCCUGGAAGAUUUCGAUGCCAUGAUUGCCAAGGCCAAGCAACUGGGUGUGAAAAUUAUUUUGGAUUUUGUGCCCAAUCACUCGAGUGAUGAAUGUGAAUGGUUCAAGAAAUCCAUAAAAAGGGAGAAGGGUUUUGAGGAUUUCUAUGUGUGGGAUGAUGGCAAGGUCGAUCCUCAGGAUAAUACAAAAAGAUUGCCGCCAAGCAAUUGGGUCUCUGUCUUUGGUGGCUCCCAAUGGACCUGGAACGCCGAGCGCCAACAAUUCUAUCUGCAUCAGUUCCAGGACAAACAACCUGACUUGAAUUUCUCCAAUCCCCUGGUACGCCAGCAUAUGUUGGAUGUUUUGAAAUAUUGGCUUGAUCGUGGCGUUGAUGGUUUCCGCAUUGAUGCCGUGCCCCACAUCUUUGAGAAGCGCAACGAUGAUGGCUCCUUCCCCGAUGAACCCGUGUCUGGUGGGUCCUCUGACCCAAAUAGUUAUGAUUAUCAUGAUCACAUCUAUACCAAGGAUCAAUAUCCCACCGUGGAAUUGCUGUACGAAUGGAGGGAAUUUUUGGACUCAUAUCGGGCGAAGAAUGGGGGAGAUACAAGAAUCCUCUUGGCCGAAGCCUACUCCUCGGUGGAAACCCUUAGCCUUUACUUUGGCAAUGGUACCCACUCUGGCGCCCAUAUACCCAUGAAUUUCAAUCUGAUGUAUUUGAAUGGUUUCUCAACGGCCCAGGAUGUGGAAAAUUCCGCCAACUAUUGGAUGGACACAAUGUGGAAACAACAUCAGGCGGCCAAUUGGGUGGUGGGUAAUCAUGACAAUGGGCGUGUGGCCAAUCGUAUGGGUCGCCACAAGGUGGAUUUACUGAAUAUUAUUGUCAAUUGUCUGCCAGGGGCCUCGGUCACCUAUUAUGGUGAGGAAAUUGGUAUGUCCAAUGUGGCCACCCAAUGUACGGCUGUGUCCUGUGACGAUCGUGAUCCUGAGCGCACACCCAUGCAAUGGGAACCCCUGCCCAAUGUUGGCUUUACAAAUGGUCCGAGCACAUGGCUGCCCAUUGCCGAGGACUUUGAAACCUAUAAUGUCCAAACGGAACGUAUGGUGGCCCGUAGCACCCUGAAUAUUUUCAAGGGCCUACAGCAACUUAAAUAUACGGCGGCUUUUCGCAAUUUCAAGUCGGCCGGUGGUUUUUCCUACAAGGCCUUGUCCGAACAAGUUUUGCAAAUCAUACGCUCUUCACCGGGCCGCGAAGAAUAUAUGAUUUUGAUAAAUAUGGGUAAUAAAAUGGAACAUGUGGAGAAUUUGAGCUCGCUCACCUAUGAAUAUGUUUUAUUGAGUCCCCAUUCGCCACACAAUGUUGGCGAUAAGGCGAAUUUGCUUGGCCGCUUGUAUUUAAUGCCCUACGAAGCUGUGGUCUUGCGCUGGUUGGAACGAUAACGAAUAUAAAUCAAUUAUCUACACACAAACGGAGCGAUAAUGCAUAAAUAUUUGUUUUUUAUUGUUGUUUUUCUUUUUUUUUCAUUUAAAAUGAUAGCAUGUCAAGAGCUCUCAAGAGUGGUAAUAUAACAAAUAAAAAAUAAAUAACACAUUUAUAUCAAAA